UGUAAAUAUGUGUACAUCGAACUGUGAGGUUAAAAGCCAAAUCGCUGAGCUGCUGACAAUGCUGGAGCCAAUAUGGACCAAAUUAAACCAGCUCAAACAACUUUAUCCUGACGAAAUUAGCUCCGUGAGCUCGGACAAAACCGAUAAAUCGGCAAACUCACGUACUGAGCCCAUGGAUGAAACACCAUCACCAACUCAAACUCAGCAACAAAUAUCGGACAACGUGUCAAACUCGGGUUUACCGCUUGGAAACUUGCAAAAUGUAAACAUUUCACGGCGGAAUAAAAGCAAGCGACCGAGACUUGAUUCGGAAGAACUGAACUCUCCAGAUGAAGAGCAAAGUGACAUUUCACCGCUGUGCAAAUUGGUUUUUCGUCCUGAUGCCAGCGGGAACAGUGGACAAAACGGUGCAAAUUCAAAGCCCGUUGAUACUGUAUUGAUGCGCUCGAUUUAUUUAACUGAAUUUCUACCGACAACCGAGCCAGCCGACAUUAUUAAUCACUUGAAUAGCAUUGAAACCGUCCGACCAUUGACAAGUGAUUUCAAAAUAACCAAGCUCGUGAAGAAAGACAACAAAAUGGAGUUGUCAUUCGUGUCAUUCAAACUCGAUGUUCCUCGCCAACACUUUGACAAGGUAAUAGCGGCAGGUAUUUGGCCCAAGAAAAUUAAAGCCACCGAAUUUCAGGUCAAGUCUGUGAAGUCAAACCGUCCCAAAACUCAUGACAACCAACAAAUUCGACCGCAACUACAAAAUUUGAAAGCAAAGCCCGCUCAUCCAAAUUCAAAAAACUCCAGUGGCACAGUAAACACUCAACGGUUGGAACCGGCACUGAUUACAUCGAACCGGCAUUGCGACAAACGGCCACUGCAGCGCCCACAGAGGGGUCGGCGCCAACGCAACCAGCCAAAUUUGUGCCAAAAGAGCUGUUGUCUUCAACGUCAGGCUCAACCCGUCGUGAAGAGACAGCACAACGGCUGCACAGGUCACUAA